AUGUCCCAACCAGUCGCAGGCAUGACUGCCUUCUGGGCUAUCUUGGCGCUCGCUCUCAAUGCAAUGGCUCGGCCUUCCUUCGCCAGCAGGACGCUGUACGACCAAGACAGCAGCUCGGAAGGCUCAUUUGUCACUCACCUCUCGUCCCCGGUCGUCUGUCUGGUCGACUGUUUCUUCGAACUAGUCGUCCUUGCCCGAGUGCUCUACAGAGCCUGUUGCAGGCCGAAAGGAGACCGUCUUCCUGGGCAUGAGUCUUCAGGACCAGAGCACAAACCAAAGCAUGACUCCAUCGCCGUUCGAUCGUUGCUCUUUAUCUUGGGUGGCUUACCCCAGGCUGUCAAGAUCGCUGGUAUGCGCGGCAUUCCAACGACGCAGACGCUGUCUGCCAUAUUCCUGGCCAGUACCAUUCUCGCGACGGUCUCUGAACUCCUAUCAGAACGAGCUGAGGUAGAGAAGAAGGCCAUCUCUUCAUGGCUGCGCGAAAACCGCCGAAAAUCGGACUUGAUUCGCGCAUCUGUAUUCUUGGCUCAUGGUAUCACAGCCGCAACAGCGUGGAACAUGGUCUCCAACAAACUUGAGCUGCAUCGUGACACACCUGGCAUUGUCUUGGUCGAGCUUGGUCUCUUCGUUGGCGCCAUCUCGGUCUUCCUCAGUGUAACACUCACACUCGUCUGGAUCUUGGGCAUUCUCCUUGCGCCCAUGGCCUUUGUGCGAUGGUUCAAGAUCCUUGUCUCGCCGAUAAUGGCUUCUUUACCAUUUCUGCUGGUCAUUUCCUACCCGAGAAUGCUACUGGAAGCAGGGGACAACGCGGAAAAGGGACGGAAGAAUGAGACUACGUUAAUAUCUAUGGUCUGGCACACCGCGCCGCUCAUUCUGCUCACCACGUCUGGAAGUUAUGUUCUGGCAGCCGCACUUGUUCGUGUGAAGAACAUUUUGACCAAGGCUCAUGCCGAUGAGAUCCAGUCUUCCCCAGAAAGUGAGCCACAGUCUCAGAUCACCAAUCAGCCAUCAUCGCAACCGAACCCUGAUGAAGGCGGUGCUAAGCCUCGCGAUGCUCAAGAGAAUUCGAAUCUCAAUCCUGACAAUCAAGUCAGCGCAGCAGAGCUAUCUCAGCACAAUACCACCGUCACUGAGACUGUCUAUCCACCAUCGCAGCAGAAUGCGCACCUGCCGAACCAGAAUACAUCCUCAAAUUCAAACCCUCCGAGCCCAGCAACUGCUCCGACGCAAAAGAAGACGAGAUCUAGAUAUCGAAUCAGCGACACACACUGGAACUGGCUCCUCGUUGGCUACUCCUUCUGGAACUUCCGCUCCAAAAUCCCAGCCGCCCUGCGACAUCAAUGGAAGACGACUCGCGGACCUUUCCGCACGAAAUUCAUCGCAUGCCUAUCGCUGAGCUGGCACAUCUUCAAGCUCUUCGCUCUGCAAACGAUCUGGUUCCUCGGAUUCAUGCUGGUCAACAUCUUCGACGUUUCGCCGAUUAUCGAUUCUGCGGGAAGAUUGCUAGGAAGGCCGAUCCUGGGACGGGGAAGGUUUGGUUUGCAAUAUUAA